AUGAGGCCUCAGAGGGGGGCCCCAGAGGAGGCCCCAAUUGAGGCCCCAGUUGAGGCCUCAGAGGAGGCCCCAGAGGAGGCCCCAGAUGAAGCCCAGAGGAGGCCCCAGAUGAAGCCCCAGAGGAGGCCCCAGAUGAAGCCCCAGAUGAAGCCCCAGAGGAGGCCCCAGAGGAGGCCCCAGAUGAGGCCCCAGAUGAGGCCUCAGAGGAGGCCCCAGAGGAGGCCCCAGAGGAGGCCCCAGUUGAGGCCCCAGUUGAGGCCCCAGAGGAGGCCCCAGAUGAAGCCCCAGAGGAGGCCCCAGAGGAGGCCCCAGUUGAGGCCCCAGUUGAGGCCCCAGAGGAGGCCCCAGAGGAGGCCCCAGUUGAGGCCCCAGAGGAGGCCCGUCACAGACUCUGACUAUACCCACAUAAGCUUAAUGCAGCAUCAAUGGCAAACCCUGUCUUUUAAAUCUCCAUAA